AUGGACCUAGGUCUUACUCUAAUGAAGAUAAAGGUCCGUUCAUUGUCCAAGUCUCCCGUGAAGUAGAAGACCCAUCUUCCGGAGCCUCUUUACGUGCUAUUACAUUCGGCCAGUUUAUGCAUAAGCACAAAAUUAGUUCUAUCAUACACGAUGGUGUAAAAAAUGUAGGCCGUAAUAAAAUCACCGUUGAGUUCUCUUUUGCUGAAGCUGCCAACAACUUUCUGGUCAACCCGGUUCUUAGUAUGUGCAAGUUUAAAGCUAUUAUCCCCACUUAUAACAUUACCAGAAUGGGGUUGGUCAGAGGUGUACCGGUGGACUGGUCAAUGGACGAACUCGUAAUUUCAUUAGAGCUUCCUCCUGGAUGUGGUGAAGUAUUAAAAUCAAGGCGACUGAACCGAAAAACAAUUACUGAGGGUGUCACCACCUGGGUGCCUACCCAAUCUGUCGUCCUUACCUUCAGGGGGCAAAUGCUCCCUGCCAAGGUUUACUCCUACCACACUUCCCUCCCUGUCGAAACCUACAAACUCCCAACCAUACAGUGCCUGAACUGCUGCCGUUUUGGAUAUAUCAAAUCGAUCUGCCGAUCUAAGCCCAGAUGUUACAGGUGUGCUCAGCCCCAUACAGGUGAUACGUGUGAAGUCACCUUAGAAACAUCCACAUGUUUACAUUGCUCAGGUAAACAUUUUGCUUCUGACAAGGGCUGUCCAGAAUUUAUUCGACAGCAAUCCAUAAAAAUGGUGAUGUCCCAGGACAACAUCUCAUACGUUGAAGCAGCAAUUAAGUUUCCUCCUGUCCAACGUUCAUAUGCUGAGAUAACAAAAGAAAUGUUUACCCCUCCUGCCUAUUCUCUAAAAUCUACUCAAAAAGCCCAAACUCCUACCAAUGCUUCCUAUCGCCAAACAAUUUAUCGCUCCCCUCGUCCCCAAGCUCCUCUAGCAAAGGGGUACGAUAGAACAGCUCACCAGACUAUUGUUGGUGAGAGCUCCUCAUCCCUCCCAAAUGGUUGUGCUCUCAACAAUAAUGUUGACACCCUUCCCUCUCAGGGCAAAAUGUUAGAAUUUAUUUCUGAAUUUCUUCUAAGUAUUGUCGCUCCAUGUAGCGAAAUCCCCCUACCGCCCAACGUUGCCAAAAACCUAUCCCAACUUUUUAAAUUACUACAAAACGGACCCAAUAACCCUAAUUCAAUGGAAUAGUAAAAGCUUACGUUCAAAAAAACAUGAAUUAAUUUCCCUCAUAAACCUCCAUAAACCCACGAUUGUUGCCAUCUCGGAGACAUGGCUGAGACCUGGUUCCCGAUUUCGGGUGCCUGGCUUUUCCUGUCUGCGGGAUGACAGGAAUGAUGGGUAUGCGGGCAGUGCUGUCUUUGUACGGCAUUCCCUCCCAUUCUCCCAAAUUCCUCUUCCUACCCACAGCGAUCAGAUUAAUGCUGUUGCUGUUCGUACCUUAGACAUUUCUUUUGUAUCUUUGUAUAUUCCUCACCCUUCUCUUCUUCCUGAGAUACAAUCAAUUUUAUCAUCCCUUCCCAGCCCUAUCAUAGCCAUGGGUGACUUUAACACCCAUCACACUAUGUGGGGGUGCCAUGCUAGUGAUAGGUUUGCUCCACUGCUGAUUGACUUACUCGACGAUGUCAAUCUCUGCAUCCUCAAUGAUGGCUCUCCAACUCGCAGGGUAUACCCUAAUCAGAAUCCCAAAUCUGCAGUGGAUCUCACCCUCUGUUCCCCUAACCUAGCCUCGCAACUAACUUGGAACGCCCUUGAGUUCACCUAUGGCAGUGAUCAUUUUCCUGUAAUUAUUUCAUUAAAUAACAAAUCCUUACCCCCCUCUUACCACAACCCCCUUUUAAAAUAUAAACUCAAAAAAGCAAACUGGAAAGAUUAUGCCCAAUCCGUUGAUUGCAUGGUUGACACUCUGCCUGAUUUGGAAUGCGAAGAAAAUGUCUUGUCUUGCUAUGAUCUUUUUUUAAAUUCUCUCAUAUCUUCGGCCGAUUCCCAGAUCCCCAAAAAGCACUCUCCUAAAAAUCAGCUGCUUUCUCCCUGGUGGGAU